AUGUCAAGGUUCUUGGGGCGUUUUGAGGCGGCAGCGGAUGGAGAGGGAGCGGAUGAAGAGGUGUUGCGGAACGUGGAAGACAUGAAGGGGUAUGAGAAGAAGGACUGGGCCGAGUUGAAGAAGGAGAUGCUGGAGAAGUGGGGGCAGAGCAAGCAAAGAUACAGGGAGGCAGAUCUGGAUAGGCUUGCAGAGGAAAUGGCAGAAAAGGGUAGAAUUCAGAUGCGGGAGCAGUACGGGAAUUACCAAUACCCCGGGAGCGGGAAGCAGACCUUCAUCAAGGCCUUUUCAAAGGAGAUGCGGGAAUAG